UCUUCCCAUCUAUGGUAACUUUCUAGGAGUACAGAACAGUGCUUUUUGCAUAGGGAGGACUGCAGGAGGCAGGAGUGGCAUGUUGGGAAGUGAGCAGUUGGGGGAGACUGCCCAGGCUAGCAGGAGCCCGCACAGGCUUUGUUUAGACAGGAGAGUGUGGGCUUUGAUCCCACAUCUUUGAGUGUUCACCCUGCUGCCAUGUGGACCCGGGCUGGCUGUAGGGACUAGUGAACAGACCAGUUGUGCUGCUUGGUCAGCCUGGGGGCACAGCCCCUGGUGGAGAGCAGCAGGCUUUAGGGCUGUGGGGUGUUUGGAUUUUAGGAGUUGGAUGAUGAGUGAAAUAGUGGGGGAAGCAGUCCUUCAGGCAUGGGCUGGCCAGUCCAACUGGGAGAGUGGAAACCAGGCCCGAGGCCGAGGCCUGCCAUUCUCCCCCCAGCCCUAGAGCCCAGCCCCCUGCCCCAUUCAUUUUCUAGCCAGGCUGGAACUGUUCCUGGGGGAGGGGUGUUUGCCUGUUGCCAGGUGCCCAGGUUCCGGGCACCACUAGCUAUAGCCAUGCUGCACAUGCUGCCCUCACUGGCCUUGCUGCUCCUGCUGGUGACACCUGUACCCAGCCACUCCUGGUCACGGCCCCUCUGGUACCAGGUGGGGCUGGACUUGCAGCCUUGGGGGUGCCAACCAAACAGCAUGGAGGGCUGUGGGAGUGGCCUGGGCUGCCCUGGCUAUUGGAUGGACCUGGGAAUAAACCGCAUCUACCCUGUGGCUGGGGUCACACUCACUACUACCAUGAUGAUGCUGGCGAUCAGCCGCAAGGUGCUACAGCGGCGCCGUGUACAGGCCACCAAAGCUGAGCACCCACAGGUGACGACUGACCCCUGUGGGCCUUGGAAGCGGCAGGCCCCAAUCUCAGACCGUACCCUGCUCCUUGGAGUCCUGCACAUGCUGGAUGCCCUCCUGGUCCACAUUGACAGCCACCUACGGCGUCUAGCCACACAGCAGCAAAUCCAAAUAAAGGGGACUUCUACCCAGAAUGGGUGACAUAA